UAGGAGGCGCACGGAUAACUGGAGACACGCAGACUGUGUGUGUGCAUGAGUGUGCAUGCGACGCUGUGUAAGUUGAGUGCACGUGGGGGUAGUGUGUAGACAUAAACUGUAAAUUACUGAGUCCGGAGCGAGCGUGGGUUGCUGCAGAUAAUGUAAAACACACAUCACUGCGGUGCAAGAAAUAAAGUGCAUUAGUUGCGGCAGGGUUGUGUGCAAAGCUGAGGUUUCCUGUUGUUUUGUGAUAACUAGGCUUCUGUGCUGUUUGAAUCUGACAUCAAAAUGUGGCAUUAUAGUUAUUCUGUCACCGAAUAUUCCACUUUUAGGUUAUGUUAUUGAGAUCAUGAGGCAUUUAACUACAAGAACAAUAUGCAUUGUGUGCCGUCCAUAAUGUUUAUCCUUAAAUAUAUGUAAUCUACACUUGCAAAUAACCACAAAGUUAGCGGUAUAAUACUGCGAAGGUAGGAGGGAGUUGGGAAAUGGACACAGGUAGUGCAAAUUCGAGUUUAAAUUUGGAUCCAUCAGUGUGUUUUAUGUUUUUCCUUAAUUGUGAUUCGUUCCUGUUACUGUUUUAUUUAGUUUAGUGCUUUUUGCAAAAGUGUUACUUAUUAAUUAAUGUGGACUCGAUAAAUGAAAGAAGAACCAGAAAUUGAAAUUCACAGUGACAAAGCAAACGUGAAGUGACGGCAGCUGAUUUUAUACUAUUCAGGACACUCGUGGAAUUUUCAGCAGACAACAGUUGACUGAAUCUCCCUCGAAGCCAUCAGAUUGAAGAGAAUCGCCAGUCCGUAUCGCGCGCUGGGUCGAAGUAAGGGUGGACAAAAUGACAGCGGAUGGCUACAACUAGAACAGCUACUCUCUACAUCUUCAGUGUAGACAAUACCCGUGUAUUUGAAGAUGGCUGAUACUGUCUUCGAAUACCUGGUGCGCAUUCGUCGAAGAUCAAACAAAGAAGAGAACGAAUAUAAAUAUAUAUGCCACAUGGAAUAAAAAUUACAUUGUUUGAAGACAAGGCAACGAGUGUGUGGUAUUGUUACUGCAACAAUAUACGGCACAGAUCAAAUCUACAGAUAUAGAAAGCGAAGGAUGUGGAAUGAAAAGAAUAUUAACAUCUCUUAAGUUCGUGACACUUUGGCUAGAUACAGGCAUUUCUUUUUCGGGACGGUUGAUAACAUUGUUUCUAAUUAACGGAAGUGAGUGUCUAAAACAUGAAGUUAAGGAGACGGAAACAGUCUUGGUUCAACAUUUUUGGUGAUAUUCCAUUUUCAGUGUCAUCACCAAGAUAUAUAUUAUGUGGGUUUGUUAAUCUUCAAUGAAGAAGAUAUUUUUGAAAAAAGUAUCUUCCAUAGUGAUUUGGGGGCAGUGAGGCUAGUAUGUGGCGGAUGUUGCUACGCGUGUGUCUGUUCGUUUUCUCUUUUUCCGGCAUUUUGGAGGCAAUGCCUCAGCAUCAGCAACCCAAACACAGCCCAGUGAAAUGCGGAGGUGACAUCAGCAGUGACAGAGGUGUGAUACAGACACCCGGGUUCCCUGGGCCAUUCCCAGUACCAAUCAGAUGUCAGUGGGUCAUAGACACAGCAGAUCGCGUUCCUGCAAAUAAUUACUCGAUCGUCAUUUAUCUAACGCAACUUUACGUAACAACGGGCUUAACUUUUACCGAAUUUGCUUAUUAUGAAAAGGGAGCAACUCCGAUAGGGAAACAACUUGUGCACACGGUGACAGAGCACAACGUGACUCUGGUGCACUGGCUGUGGACUCGAAGCCCGUACCUCGUUAUAGACUUCACGCUGGACCGUCUGGAGGGGAACCACCUGAGGGUUAUGGAUAAUCUGCUUGAUGUAUAUGGAUUCAACAUUACGUACGAGAUCAGCGGAAGGGAGAACCCCGUGCGUCCCAAUUCGUGCAAUGCCAUCCUCUGUUCCUUCCUGGGAAACUGCUAUGCCAACAGGGACUUCACGCGUUUUGGGUGCUCCUGUUUCGAUGGUUUCUCUGGAUCAAACUGUGGAAGAGGUCCAGGCUGUGAACCAGGAAGGCAGAUAUGUCAAAAUGGAGCCUCAUGCUGGCACAUGGGUUCCGAUGCCAUCCUGUGCAACUGUACACCUGGAUUCACCGGCAGACGAUGCGAAAUUCCGCUGCCAGACCCUCGAGAUGCGGAAGAAUGCGGAGAAGCGGGUUGCGUGUUCCAGUGCCCCUACCAAAGUGGUCGUGAUGCGGUCUGCAAAUGUCCCAGAGGUCCUCAUGUACCAACAGAUAGAGCACGUUACGAAGGUUCAGUACGUCUGGCGAACCUUACUGCAUUGCGGGAUAACAUAGCUGCCACAGGGCCUGGUCGUACUCUUCAGAACGUACUGGAAAAGCAGAUUUCCAAAUACCUCAGGAGUUCAAAUUUAUCGAAGCUGGAGGAUUUGAAAGUCUUAAAUAUAACCCCCGGAGCUGAAGUUAUGUUCCACUUCUUUGGUGGGAAACGAGAUGGCAGCAAAGUGAGAGAGGCGCUCAACAAUCUUAUGAAACGGGGUCGUCUAGGAAAUCUCACACUGGUACCAACCCACUUAGCAUUCAAACAAGAGCCAACAUUACUUUUGCAGAGUGUGAAAGUGAACCACCAGGACCUAAUAGUGAAAGAGGGAGAUGAGUUCAUCCUCUCUUGCAUAGCUCAGGGAUCCUCCUACAUGACGUUUCGCUGGUAUAAGGACGGAGCUUUUGUCAACAAGAACAAGACGCUGAGAAACAUGUGGACCAAGCUGCUACCAAUGGAUUCUGAGGAUCAGUACACAGCUCUUCUGGGCAUUGAACGUGCUUCACAUCUUGAUGAGGGAAUUUACACGUGUCAGGUUGUAGACUGGGACGUGCAGCAGUGCAAGUCUAUCCGCCUUGAAGUUCUUGUACGGCCGGAGGUAGAGGUGAUUCCAAAGAGCAUCACUGUUGAGAGGGGUGAAAAUGUGAAUAUAAAGUGCAUGUCCCCAAAUGACCAACGACAUGAGAAAUUUGGAUACAACUGGACGAAGAACAAGGCCUUGCUCCGCAUGGUUCCAGGGGUGGAGGUCUGGGAAGAUCUGCACCCAGCUGGCAGCAUACUGAAGAUCUAUAAUGCACAAAAAUCUGCAAUCUACACUUGCACAGUACAUGGGAGUGUAGCAAGUCAGGCAAUGAGUGUGUAUGUAGAAGUUGUGAAUAGCUCUGUUGUGCCCAUGUGUCAUGAGGAACAAAUGCUUGGAAUUCAGUGGCCCGAAACUGCCCCAGACCUGGACGCAGUUCAGGAUUGUCCAGUCCACUAUUUGGGUAUAGCCAGACGUCGAUGUACUCUGCGUAACACAUAUUCUACAAAGUGGGAUCUUCCAGACUUCUCUGCUUGCAUCUCGGAAGCUAUUGAAAACAUCCAUAAUAAUUUUCGUAGUCUGAUCUUGGGGUACCAGAAUACUUCUGGCAAUGCAACAUUGAAGGCCUGUCAUGAGUACCUUGUCCAGCACAUGUCACUCUACCCUGGAGAAGGUGAGGCAUUGCUGGUUAUGCUGCAGGAAGUGCUGUCAUUCAUGAACUAUACAGGAGAAAAUGAGGAAUUGCUCACAUCGGCACAGAUCUUCUAUCAAAUAAUCAACAUCAUUUUAGAAAGAAAUUGCUCAGUUAUAAAUGCACAGAAAGUAAUCCUACUUCAGGAGUUGGUAAAAACUGAAGCACUGCUUUGGGGAUCUCUUCUGACAACAAAUACCAACUAUGCUCAUGUGAAUCUCAGCUCAUUGGCCUUACACAUAGCCCUGCUGGAGAAUGCCUUAUACACAUUACACUUGAACACAUCAAGUUGGUUCUCGAAUCAACUUGAUGUCCACAUAGAGGGUCCUAGUUCAGAUGCUUUUGGAAAUGGAACUUUCAGUAUAGCUGUAAUUGUUUAUAGGAAUCUGACAAAAUUUCUGCCACUGAGAUAUGUUGCUAAACUAAAGGAUGGGAAUGAGAUGGAAUACGAGAUAAACUCGAGAGUGGUUGCUGUGGAGAUAGGGAGAGAUGGUCGGAGAUUUGUUCCAAAUCAGGGCAUCUUCCAUGUGGACCUUGAGUUUGAACAUACAGUGAAUACUUACAACAAAGAUGAGUGGAAUAUUUCAUGUGGGGUGACUUAUGUUGCUGCUGCUGAGCACUCUUGGGACUUUACUGCUUGCACUACACGUACAAUUAAUACUAAUCUCACAAGAUGCAGAUGUAAUCAGCCUGGAACGUAUGCAGCACUACUCACAACAAGGCCCACUCACUUGCCUCUCUCAGUAUCAGCACAUUUCCACACAGUAGUGUUGGUUGGCUGUGUAUGCUGUUUGGUGCAGACCAUGUUCACAUUGUUCCUACUGCUACCCUAUUGGUGGCACCACCGAACAUGUCUGAUAUUCCUCAAACUCCAAUGCUGUACUGCUACCUCUGGUGCCAUGGGAGUCUUCAUCUAUGCCGUCCGGGAUUCAGUACCAAAGGCCUCUUUUCCUUAUGUGACAACAAGCUUGGAAGCUUUCCUUCUAAUUGGUAUGUCUUCUCAUCUGAGCAAGCUGUUGAUUGUCUACACCGAGGUGGUCCAUAUCCCCAAAGUACAAUACAUGAAACAAACAGUUGUCAGUAUUAUAACAGGAGUGCCUGUGUUGGCUGUACUUUGCAACCACCUGGCACAUCAUUCAACUGGCUGGCAGCUCAGGUCAUGGUGGCUGAUAUGUGGCACCAUGCUGUUCAAUAUCUUUAUAGCAUCAGCUGUUGUCAUGCUGAUCCUUUUCAUAUUCCUGUACUGCACUGUCAUGAGAAGACUCAAUCUGCUUUCCAGCAAGAAUUCCAUUGGAAGCAAAGCUAUAGGACGGAGGGUAGGACUUUUGAGGCGUGCUGGAAUAAUAUUCUUUGUGAUGAUAAUGAUGGAAGCUUCAAGCAUAAUCUAUAUCAACGUUCCAGACUCAUCUUGCCACUAUGUUUUUAGUUUCACAAGUGCCUUACUGGGGUUCAUCAUAUUUUUGUGCUACAUCCUGAAAAGUGAGACGCCCCUUCAUAUCCACGUAUUAAGGAAACUGAAAUUGGAAAAUACUCCAGGAGAUGAAUAUAGUUCUGAAUCUAUUAACAGCCCUCUGAGAUUUUUUACUAAACAAGAAGGAGAUGCAGAGAGUGAAGGACCACCUCCUAGACCCAGCAGCUCUCUGAACAUGCGUGGUGGAGCAGCAGGGGAAGAUGAUGGAGAUCCAUCUGAAGGCUUGCUGAUGGUGGAGACCAGCAACAGAAGGACGCCUCCAUCAGAAGGAGCACCCAGUACAAUUGAGACAUUUGUUCACAGUGUGGAGGGUUCUGAGGAGGAUUGUGGUGUUAGUGAUAGUGGGCCUAGGGUUGCGUUUCGUGGGUCAGAGAGCAGGGUUCUGUUGAAAGGAGACAGUAAUGACGUUGACCUGGAGAGCUACCACAACAGUCCUCGCAAAUAUAAGAAACAGCCACGAAGCGGCAAGGAUGCAACAGAUGUGUUCUCUGAGUAUGUGGAGCAGGACAUUGGAUUACCAGUAGCAGAUGAACGAAUUCUCCCUGGUUCUGGAGAUCGAUGGAGGUUUGUAAGGGGAUUCUACCACAAUGGUGGAACUCCUGCAAUAGGAACAAUGGCCAUACCAAGACCAGAACCUGCACAAUGCUACAUUCGUGAACAAACACCUCCACCAGUGAUAUCCACACAGCAAGAAAUUGUGACCACUCGAGUCUGUGUUGAGCUAGGUGUCAUUACAACUCCUAGACAUCUGGACCAGCAAGGGACAGAUGACUCGGGUGGAACACUGGAAACACCAGCCAUAGUAUUGUGCAGUGUUGACGUUGAACCUUGUCAUAGAGGGGUUUUGGACUUGGCUGAAGUGACUGCAGCUGUUGAAGCAAACACUUGCUGCACCAAUGGAGGAACACUGUUGGAAACACAAGAAGAGCAAGAAAAAGCUACUGAGGGAUUAGGAAGUUUUAAUGGUGACUCUCAACCUGAUGGUCAGGAAGUUUCACCACAAGAAGCAGAUCCCGAAGAUGAGGCAAGGAAAUCCUGUAGUUCUGCUGAAAGGUGUCAGCCAGAGGGAAGGGAAAAACCUCAACCUGCAAUUUCUGUCUCAUCAGUAACAGAAACAGAAGAGGACGUGUUGGACCGAAUUUCUCAUGACUUGGAUUACUUGCUAAAUCGAAGGCCACUGCAGAAUAAUGAAAAUAUGCUCGGAGCACCGACAUUUUCAAGGAAAACAAGCAAACCUCCAGGAACAAGUGUUCGCAGUCAGAUCCAAGAGGAAGAAGAGGAUGACACAUCUGGAAUUCCUGGAGAAACCAUUACCAAUGGUAAUGGAACAGGCAAGUCUUAAUUACUGUCUACAAGGUUUACACACUGAUUAUACUCUUUUAUAUUGUAUAUAUAGCAUAGAUACUAGAGUGCUGCUGUAAUUUAAUGGUUCCUGGUAUAGUAUCAGUAUUCAUCACUCCCCACAUUGAAACAGCAUUGGUUGACAAUCACGUGUUUGCCAGGUGCAUUAUCAAACUUUCCACUUUUGAAUGAAUCACAUGAUGAUUCUUUCCUCUGUUAGAUAGCAUUGUCUGUAUAGGACUGUUGCAAGUCUUUGUCUGCAUUUAUCAGUGUUUAGAGCUGAAAUGAAAAUCUGACAAUAGCACUGCAAUAUUUAGCCAAAGUUGAGGCUUGCUAUGUCACAUGCAGGCACAUCCAGGGAUCCUUGAAUCUUGGCAUGACUCUAAUAUCAGAGCUUACUGUGGCUAAAAGAUGAAGUGGGAUAUCUUCCUUUCUUAUGUUACUUUUAAUUACUCGUACUGUGAUACAGUUUGACAUAAUUUCAUAAUUCAUAAUGCCAACCCAGUGCUUAGUAAAUUUAUGAUUAAAUGUCUACAUAACUUGAGUAAAAUUGAUUACAGAGUGCAGAUUUGUGUUCAACAAUAUUUUACUGUGGUCUUCAGAAAGAGACACUGAAAUAAUGGUGUCUCAAGUAAUGCAGUGAAAAAUAUGGUACAGUUAAUUCACUAUUCAUAAACUAUACCUAUCAUUAGGUAUUUACUUUAUUAUUCUUUUAAGCACCGUGUGUAGAAAUAUCCACUAACAUAAGUAAUUAAUUUCCAGCUGAUAAUUUUUUACAGUUACUGGUAACUGUGUUUCAAAAUGUAAAUACAAAUUACACCAACAUCUAUAUUUGGGUAAAAAUGUUGGUGGUUCUUCUGGUUCCUUCCAUUAUAUUUGAGAAAUUAAAACUAAAAUCAAGUCAUGAUGCAUAACAACAAAAUUUAUGUCUACUACAUUUCUGAUAUGUAUUUUAAUUUUAGGGCAUUGUCAUGAAAUUACUUUGAAAAUAAAAUUUCAAUAUGUAAUUCCCCAUCUUCUUUUGAAGCAAAUUACACCUCUACCUUUUGUACAGAAUAAAUAUCUCUGCACUCCAGGCCAUCUCAAGCUUGUCUGUUUUAUGCCUUAUUUAAUGAUUUUGUUAUGACUUCAUAAAUUAAAUAAUUCCAAAGUAAUGCAGAGGUAGUUGUAAGUGGCAGAAUUGUACACCAAAGUCAGAAUUUCCACGCUAUGAAGCAUCCCACUACAUCUGAAAUCCCACUUUGAGCACUGUAUAGUGUAUAAUACAACAGAUCUACAUGUAACUAUAUUUUUGUACCUGAGAUAUGUAGUUAUUUUCAAAUAUAAAACAGUCAUCAUUUUGAAAUUUAAAACUCUAGUACAUUAUCUUUAGUACUUACACAGCUGAAAAGUUGAAGACAGAAUUAUGGCAUUAAGUGACAUAUAUGUAAGUUAAUUGAUGUUAGUACUGUAUUUCUUAUUCUUGUUUAUUUAUUUAAAUUAUACAAGUACAUUUUUCAGUUCCUAUUGAAUGUUUUCAUAGACAAAAGAUUUGGCUGUGCAUUUCAUAUUCAUAAACUCAUCUGACUCCAGCAAUAGAAGAACACUGAUUUAAUAAAACAAAAAUCAAAGAAAGGUUGAUCAUAUAUUUCUGUCAGUAGUGAUAUAAUCCAUGGCAAAGAAUACAUAGAGCUGGUAGAAAAGGAUUACUUGAUAAAGGAUAUAAAGAUACUGAUUGAAUAUAGAAGCAGAAAGAGUAAUAUUCAGGUAAAAUAUUAUUUAAUGUGUGAAAAGUUAAUAUUUAAGUAUUUUUAAAUAUACAGGGAUUUGUGCAUUUUUGUGACAUUAGGUUAUUUGUUAAUCAAUUUUAAGUUUUUGGUUAUUUAUUCCCAUUAAAUACGUAGGUAAGUCUAUAAGUAAGUUACAAAUGGAUAUAGAACUUAAAC